AUGCCUGCCCAGGUGUUAGUCAUUCUGGGUUUGAAGGAAGCCUCUGAUGGGCCCACCCCAUCUCCUCUCCAGACUCCUCCACCUGCAUCUCUCGCACUGGUUGUUGUCUGUGAAAAUGGCAGUAAACAGGUUCAGGUUCGAACUGGCCGGGAAGAAAUGGGUCAGGAUUUGUGUGGGCAAGAGGGAGGAAUGAGAACUGCUGGAGAACUGAGAGUGAAUAUUGUUUGUCUCAAAAAACAAAAACAUACAUAUAUAUAUAUAAAAUACAGACUUACUAGAAACAACAACAAAAGCUUUCCGAGAAACCAACAAAGGGCGGAAGUGGAGCAGAAGCAGCAGCGGACCUUCCGCAAAGUCACCUACCUUGGUGAGGACCUUGCCAGGCGGAGCGACCUGUCCCAGGGCCAGAGCAGCGGAGGAGCCCAGUGCUGGCUCCGAAUGCUCAGAGGAGGAGCGCGCUCCCUGCUGAAGCGCCUGCGCCAGGCCCAGAAGGCGGGGCCUCGGAGAAGCCCAGGUGGGGAAGGUGGGGAAGGUGCACCUGUGGGAGGUGAUCCUAUCCCGGGAGAGGCUGGGCUUCCACAAGGGCAAGGCCUUCAACAGGUGGAAAUCGUGACCCUGGCAAGGGGACCAUCCGCUCCUCCCACCCACAACUAG